AUGAAGCAUAUACUACCUAUCGUACUACUAACAGUUGCUGCUGUGGUACUGUCAAACCCAGUACCUAAAUCAGAUUUCAAAGAAAAUAAUGUAUCAUCAACUGUAGAGACAAUAACUUCUUCUGAUACGGUGGAAAACAAGAUAUUGGAAAGUGAGACUGCCGAAAAAAAUACAACUCACUUGGAGGCAGCAGAAUUCAACAAAGAAGUUGUAGCAAGCCCUCAGAAAGAUGAAGAAUCAGAAUCUGAAACGAUAAAAGAGAAUGUCAGUGAAGAAAAGCACUCAAAUUCGUCAUUAACAGAAGAAUCUAACGAUGAGAAACCAGUAAAUAUACAUGAUCCAGCAGUAGAAAAAAAGACUGAGACCACAAUUUUAUCAGAUGUAAGCCAGUCACACGCUACAUUCGAAGAAACCACAUCCACACCUGAUAAAGCAGAACAUUUUAAGGCUGAAGCGAAAGUAGAAGAAAAAUCCACCUCUGCACCAAAAGAAAAAGAAAAGACAGGUGAUGAAGCAAAAUCGGAACAUUCUACUGAGAAACCAGAAGAACAAUCUACUGAUGAACCAAAGGUGGAGGAAAAAUCUGUAAGUGCAUCAAGAAUAGAACAACCUAUUGAGAAACCAGAAGAAAAACAAUCUACUGAUGCUCCAGAAGUAGAACGAAAAAUUGCUGACACACCAAAAUUAGAAGAGCAAUCUUUUAAAAAAUCAGAAGAAAAACAGUCUACCAAUGCUUCAAAAAAAGAGCAAGAAGUUAUCGAUGCAUCAAAAGUAAAAAAGCAUUCUCUUGAAAAUUUAGGAGGAAAUCAAUCCAUUGAUGCGGUAGAAGCAGAGAAAAUAACUGUCAAUGAAUCGAAAAGAGAAGAGCAAUCUAACGCAGUUUCAGAAGUUAAACAAAUAACUGCUGGUGUAUCAAACUUGGAAAAAGAACACAACGAGAAAGAAGAAAAACAUUCUGCUGAUCGAAACAAUCUGGAAAUAAAAUCUAAUGUAGAAGGACCAAAAAUAGAUGAACAAUCUAAAGAAUCACCAAAAGUAGAACUAUUCACUGAUGCACCAAAAAUCGAAAACAAAUCUAUCGACACAGUGAUAAUACAAGAAAAACAUUCCGCUGAUCCAUCAAGAAUAGAAGAAUUAUCAACUGACACACCAGUAAUACAAAACUUAUCUACUAGUGAAUUAGAAAAGAAGAAAGCAAAUGUAACAGAAAAUAAAAACGAUUCAAAUGAUGAAAAGGAAAUAAUUCAGUCCUCUACUGCAACGACAAAAGCAUUUGAAGGAAUAACAGUAGAAGCAGAAGGAGGAGAAAAGACCGCUAGUGAAGCGUCAGAGUUGACGGAAACUACUACUAAGAGAGAAGAAGUGCCAGAAGAAGAGAUUCAAACGCUCAAAUCAGUUACUGCGACCAAGGAAACACAGGCAAAUGCUGAGAUACCGAAAAAGGAAGAAAAGCCGGAGACACCAUUAGCAAAGUCAAGUAAGCUUGAUUUAUUAGUACUGUCACACAUUAAUAUUCACCAUCACUACGAUUAUUCAUCCUUCAUAUUAUUAUCAUUGUUACUGUCAUUAACUGCUAUCAUGAUCAAUGGUUUUAGUCCUAGUGAUAUUCUAUGA